CGACGAACUGUUUUGGAGAGAGUUGGCAAGGCCGAGCACCAUGAGGACCUCCGCCACUUCGUUCAUUGCAGCAGGUUCGCUUGCCUGCUUGUCCUCCGCGAGCGCUUUCCUCUUCCCUUCUGCGGCCGUAGACCUCCGUUCAGCAGCGCCGACAAGCGUUGCUUCGCAGAGCAUCAGCCGCAGCAGCAGCGGCAGACGCGCGGUGAUUCUGUUCGCCGAGAAGGAGGACGGGGCCGAGGAGCAAGAGCCUAUGGAUCUCGACUUGGAACAGAUGUUCGAGGUGUUCGAAGCGGCCGACAAGGAAGUAUCGGACGAAGAAGUGGGCAAGAAGGGGGGCAAGAAACCAGCAGCCCGGGCGAAAGACCCAGCAGAGGCGAUGGGCGACAUGCUCAGCAGUUUCUUCGGAGGGGGAGAAAAGAAGUAGACUGUUGGUUUGACGGCUCUGCGCAUAGGCUUCGCCGCAUUGUUUCGUUUUUGGUCCCACGAUGGUGUAUACGGACGCAUCUGGAUUGUCGAUGCCUCACUUGUAGGUGGGCGCCAACUGUAGCGCAAUCAUUUUAUUGUAGGUGACUUGCUUGUAUGUUGUUGGCCGAGGAGUUCGAGUCCGUGUUUUCAUGCCACAAACGGAGUCUCGAGCGAAACGGGAUAGGGCGACGAUUACUUGUCAUGAGGGAUAGCGACGGGCAAAAGACAAACCAAUUGGAUCGAUGAUUUCGAGCAAAUUGGGCAGGAAUGGCUAGACCAACGUGCGCUUCGGAGUUUAACCAGUGUACUGUGUGCGUUGGGUUGGAGCAAGUCCUUCGACCUUCUAGAACCGUAGCGGCAAAUCGCCAGUCCGAUGUGUGGCUGUUGCUACUCGAAUGAGUGCUUGAUCCCGCAAAACAACUUCUAGUGCUGCUUUCGGCUUGCGUUCAGCGUGCCUACGACGUGGAGCGGCACCGACGGGUGGGGUCGAAGUUUGCGCGGACGAGAAUAAAGUAAUAAUCGUGUUUUUGCUUUCACCACACCCGUGAGUGUUUACCGACCGUACCACCGAUAGCGCAUGAAGAAUGUCCGCGUCGAGCCAAGCAUGGUAGAGCGGGCAUAGUGUGCGUCUUGCCGUCCAUCUAUUCUGGACGUCAGCGUUGCAACUUCCACAUGUUGGACGUACCGACAGCCUCAUACAGGAUAUGGGAUGUUCUUUAUUUGGCUGUGGUGCCAUCCGUAGGUCCUGAGUCUUCCUGAAAUUGGCC